CCCGAAGUCCGCGGGGAGCAGGGAGACGGCUGGCGGCUGGGCGACCGCGCACCGGGGCCAUGCCGCGCUCCUUCCUGGUGGACUCGCUGGUGCUGCGCGAGGCAGGCGAGAAGAAGGCUCCGGAGGGCAGCCCGCCGCCGCUCUUUCCUUACGCCGUGCCCCCGCCGCACGCACUGCACGGCCUCUCGCCCGGCGCCUGCCACUCUCGCAAGGCCGGGCUGCUGUGCGUGUGCCCGCUUUGCGUCACCGCCUCGCAGCUGCACGGGCCCCCCGGGCCGCCCGCGCUGCCUCUGCUCAAGGCAUCCUUCCCGCCCUUCGGCUCGCAGUACUGCCACGCGCCCCUAGGCCGCCAGCACUCGGCCGUGUCGCCCGGGGUCGCUCACGGCCCCGCCGCCGCCGCUGCCGCCGCCGCGCUCUACCAGACCUCCUAUCCGCUGCCCGACCCCAGGCAGUUCCACUGCAUCUCCGUGGACAGCAGCUCCAACCAACUGCCCAGCAGCAAGAGGAUGCGCACCGCGUUCACCAGCACGCAGCUGCUAGAGCUGGAGCGCGAGUUCGCCUCUAACAUGUACCUGUCCCGCCUACGCCGCAUUGAGAUCGCAACCUACCUGAAUCUGUCCGAGAAGCAGGUGAAGAUCUGGUUCCAGAACCGCCGGGUGAAGCACAAGAAGGAGGGCAAAGGCAGCAACCACCGCGGCGGCGGUGGGAGCGCGGGCGCAGGCAGUGGCGCACCGCAAAGCUGCAAAUGUGCGUCGCUCUCCUCAGCCAAGUGCUCCGAGGACGACGACGAAUUGCCCAUGUCUCCGUCCUCUUCGGGGAAAGAUGACCGGGAUCUCACGGUCACUCCCUAGGCGCUCGCCUCCCCAGGUCGCCCACCCCAGGCCCCCCUGCCGUCUCAAAGACUGGUCGUGGGACGAAGCACCCAGGGACCCGCUGCCAAGCCGCGGCCACGCGCAAGUUUGGCAAGGGUUUUCGGAGGUCUCGGGCCCUGGGCAGCUCCAAGGGCUUGGCAGAGACCUGACGCUGGUAUUCCCACCCCGGGGCCCGCAGCUGUCCAAAGCGAACUCCAAGCUGUGAAUCCUGCAAGCGCUGGAGUCCUUCUCAGCCAUGCAGCACAGCGCAGCGGUCCUGGACAGCAUGCGGGCCAGCCCUGCGCCUUGCUGGCCGCUGGCGCCUCCUCGCCUGACCUCUCUGGACUGGCUCAGGCUUUCUCGAGUCCUCUACUCCCCUUCACCCUGGGUCAAGCUGGGCCUCUUACCUCUCGACGCCCGCUCGCUACCCGCACCCCCACCUUUUUUUUUUUUUUACUUCUUUCCGUCCCCACUUCUUCACUGAGGUGGUUUAUCCAACCCCCCACACACACACAUAUACACACAUUUACGAACUCUUCUUGUUCUUGUUUUUCCUUUCCGUCCCCUCCUUGAGGGGUCUAUUCGAAGUUCAGUGGGACCAUUUAUCCUUCAAUCAGGCCUUGCUGUCCCUGCUGCUCCUCUCCCACGAGAGAAAUCGUCACCCGUGAUGUCUGUGUCGGGGAAACCCGACUCACUUUAUUACGGAGACGCUUUGCAUUUCCCUAAAUGAGACCCAGGCUCUCCGCCCCUGGCGACCCCUCUUUCCCCAGACCCCAGACCGCGACCCCGCCCUGGUCUAGCUUGUCAUUGUACGGUCUCUGUAAUACCA